CCUGAAAGUUUGAAGACAGAUCUUUCUUCACAGCUUAAUGCAGUAAGUGUGAAAUUAAAAUAUUUACCUCCAUUGAUAGUUUUAUCGUAAAACUUUACUGACUGAAAUACAGGUGAAGAGGGAGUGCAGACAGAAGAAAGAUCUGUAGUACCAAUUUUAAUACGGAUUGUAUUCAAUAGUGAAACUUCUGAGGAAAAAAAAACGAAUUCAAACCAAUCACAAUGCUUCUUGAUCUAUUUGAAUCCCUCAAGGGCGUGCUGAAGAUUGAUCCCUGUUGUAUUGAUAACAAUGUUUUCCGAUUACAUUAUAAAGUCACGGUGUUAAUGUUAGCCGGUCUGAGUCUCUUAAUCACCAGCUCGCAGUUAUUUGGGGAUCCGAUUGACUGUAUAAGUAAUGAUGAUAUUCCCCACGAGCUACUGGACACUUACUGUUGGAUUCAUUCCACCUUCACCCUCCCAGGCGCUCUACAUAAAAAAGUAGGGGUAGAGAUCCCCGCUCCUGGAGUAGACAAAUACACUCCCGGAGAAGAUAGGGUGUAUCACAGGUACUACCAGUGGGUCUGUUUUGUCCUCUUUCUUCAAGCUAUUCUUUUCUACGUUCCCCGGUACUUAUGGAAAGCUUGGGAAGGCAGUAGAGUUAAGAGUCUUGUUAUGGACUUAAACACUCCCGUUCUGACCGCAGACAAGAAGAAUGAAGCAAAAACCCUUUUGGUUCUCUACUUGAAAGAAAAUUUCAAUAACCACGAGAUGUAUUUCUUUUACUACUUUGUCAGUGAGGUCAUGAACUGUAUCAAUGUAGUUGGUCAGAUGUAUUUGAUGGACACCUUUCUCGGUGGUCAGUUCACCACGUACGGUACACGAGUUUUAGAGUUUUCAGAAAUGGAGCAAGAACAUCGAGUGGACCCAAUGGUCAAGGUGUUUCCCAGAUUAACGAAGUGUACCUUCCAUCGAUACGGAUCGUCGGGCGAUGUCCAGCGUCACGAUGCAAUCUGCCUCCUGCCACUUAAUAUCUUGAACGAAAAAAUCUAUAUCAUCUUGUGGUUCUGGUUUCUUUUCCUCGCUGUCAUAUCCAGCAUUGUGGUGAUCUACAGGGUAGCCAUCAUCAUCUGGCCUCGUCCUCGCCUCUUACUUCUCAGAUUCCGAUCUCGCCUUGCUGAUGAAAGAGACAUUGAGUUUAUCAUCCAACAAUGUAAAGUGGGUGAUUGGUUUCUACUAGAUUUACUGGCCAAAAACAUGGAUUCCUUGCAUUUUCGGGAUGUCGUUGGCGAUUUACGGAAAGAACUAGAAAACAUGAAACCGCUCCUAAAGAUACAAGACUUACCGACCAGAGAAGUCUCUUCUCCUUGAUCGAGUCCCAAAUUGUACCUAAGUAAAAUCAGUUAAUAACUGAAUACAAAGAUGUUUACUGUUUGAAAAGUGGAAGCGAAUAUUGAUAAGUCUACUUACUAUAUAUAUGCUUGUGUGUGUGUAUAUUAAGCCUUUUUAUUCUGAACAAUGCCGUCUGCGAAGAACGAUAUUGUGUCCCAGGUAUAACUUGUUUCCAACAUAUUAAAUAUACAUGAAAUACAGGAUUGAAACAAAACAGUAAUACUGAAUGAAAAUAUUAACAUUUUCAUCAUUCUGUCAGUUUGUUUCUUUUUUC